AUGACCGAUCGUCCCCGUCCAUUUUCCAGUGCGAAGCCUUUCCAAACGCCUGCCGAAUCGAACUCGUCGCAACGGAGGAGUACCCCCCGAGCAGGAGACGAGACGCAUGCGAUACUUCCGAGCCAAAGCAUAAAUACCACCUGCGAUGACCCAACACGAAGUAAUAUCCCGAAUCCUCCGUUCUUGUCGUCACCCGGUAUAACCAAUCUGGGCGGGCCAGGCCACCAGCGCCAGCCCGCACAAUACCAUCACCAUCUGGCGGUGCAAUCCCAAUACGGCGUGGGAGUAGGACUCGGAAUCAACACAUAUGGACAGACUCCCUCCCCCGGGCCUCUGAUGUGGGACUGGGACAACUCGACGGCGGGGUUUGGCGAUUUCGCGCACUUCUACGAGCCGCAGGGGGAGCUCGUGGUGGAAGAGUUGCACAAUCAGCGGUCCUCCCAACCGGACUUCACGCUGUCCCAAUACCUUGGCCCUGGGGCUGCCCCGUUCCAGUCGAUCCCCCCGCAAGUAGGCGAAUCCUCCCGCCGGUCGACCCCUCCCAAAAACGCCGCCGCCAACGCGAGUGAACCGACAUCGCGAUCGCAUCCGCCGCCCACGUCCCCUGCCCCUGAACCCUCCCUCCACGCCCAACCACCCGCGCCACCCCAGGCCACAUCGCCGCGGCCGCCUCCCCGACCUGCGAUCCAAACCGGGAUGAAAAGGAAGGCCGUCUCCGAACCGUCGUCCGCCAAUUCGCAAACCGCCCCCGCCGCCGCCAAGCCCCUGUUCCCACCCUCCAAAAGAUCAGCAACGUCGCGAACCGCGUCGGGUGCAACCGAGCGACGGUCUUCGGCGGGUCAAUAUGGCGUGGAGGUCGACUGGUCACCGGUCAACACUGGUGCUGGGGCGUCAGGGGAAGGGGAAGCAAGACAGGAGGAAGCCGUUGCAGCAGCAAGGAAGACGUCUACAGAGAGAGGCACGGCAAACGCGAAUGGAGAUCAUUCGGUGGAGAAGUCGGUACCCAAUGUCCGAGUCCGGCAGAUCCCGGACGUCCCGAGCAUUUCAUCGGUCUUGCCGGCUGGGAAAGUGUUCCCCAUCCAGAUCGGCUCGAAACUCUUCCGUCUUUCAGGGGCGUCGAUUUCGUCGGAUUCACCGUCGUACUUCUCGCACUUCUUUGGCCAGCAAUUGCUGAGCGCAGAUGGUCGAUCGGGAAAUAUUCACACGUUGUAUAUUGACCGCGAUCCCAACACGUUUCGGGACAUUUCAAUGCAUUUGCAAGGGUAUCACAUCAAACCUCGAGAUGGACUGCACUACGUACGACUCUACGCCGAUGCGCAAUUCUACAGCUUACCUCGCUUGACGCAGCAACUCUUCAAGUCCGAAAUCUUUGUUCGCGUUGGCGACCGUGACUUCCAGAUACCAAGAGAGCUGUUCUCCGGGCCCGGAAACACUCCGAAUUUCUUCUCUCUCGGAUUCGCCCACUUCCUCGGCACUCCAAGCGACACCUUCCCAGGCCUGGAUCGCCAGACGCUCCUCCGACCUCCCUCCAUCCUCCCGCCCGCCGUCCCCAAUCGAUCGGCAGAGAUCUUCGCCGAUCUCCUCCGACUCCUGAAGGGGUAUCCCGUGAAUGUGAGAGAUGACGCACACCGCGAGGACCUGCUUCGGGAUGCGCGGUACUUCAAUCUCAAAGGCGUGGAGCAGCGCUUGCUGCCGUGCGAAAUCGGCUACAAUCUGGCACGAAGCGAGUCGGAAAUCACCAUCCGACUGGAAGAUGUACGGCAGUCGGGCGUUUCUUUCACCCCUGCUCGACUUGCAGACCUUGGGUGGGGGGUGGAGUCUCGGAUCAAUCCUGCUACUGUUCCAGACACACCCCCAAGUGCUUCCGGAGCUCCGGCGCCAGGAGCGGGAAUCCCGCCGCAUCGCGGACACAUCUGUUACGCACGGCCAUAUACCGACGAGGCCUCGAGCGCGUUGAUCGUAGAGAUUGGUUCCCCCGAAGCGACCCGGUUGGAUCUCACCUCCAUGCGCGCCACCUUCUACGGCCUGACCAAGUCCCGCAUCUCGAGUCUCUUCCAAGUCAUCGCCGCGAAGAUGAACCUGCCCCUGAUGCAUCUUCCCCUCGGGAUCAUGAUGAUGAAAGGCCGCGCAGAACGCGAGCGCGAAGGAGCGCCGACCCCCAAACCCGUCGCGGAGGGCCUGUCCGCGCUGCCGGUCAGCCCGGCAAACUCGGGUGUCAGUGGCGAUCGGGUGCGCGUCCGCUUCGAUACGGACUCCGCGGUGACGCUGGACGGCGGACUGAUCGAGUGGGAGGCGGUCGGCGAUAUGACGAGUCAGCCUCCCAACCUGCUGCCGCGAAUUCGCCGCUGGUCGGUGAACAGGCACGACAGGGUGCUCGAUGUGACGAAGCAAUGGAUUGUGAAGCGGGCGCUGUGGCGCGUGCUUGUGGAGCCGGCGGAGGAUGAGCCGGAUAAUGGGAAGGUAGAGGUGGUUAUGGUUUGUGUUAAGAUGGUGGCGUUUACGGAUCAGUGGGCGAGGAAUUCGAAGAGGAGGUUCCUUUCGUCUUGA